AUGCUUAGGCCCUCGUUUAGCGCUCGUCGUCACCCGCGCUCCCCCUCGCCACCCGCGCCCGCCCUCAUCACUCGCGUCCGCCCUCGUCACUCGCGCCUGCCCUCGUCACUCGCGUUAACCCUCGUCACUCGCGUUAGCCCUCGUCACUCGCGUUGGCCCUCGUCACUCGCUUGCCUGCGAUUCCGUGCUUCCCCUCGUCAUGCGUUUCCCUUCGUCGCGCGCGUUUCCGCUCGUCGCGCACGCGCCUUCUCGUCACGCGCUCUUCCGCUCGAUGCGCGCUCUCCUCCCCUUGUCACGCGCGCCCUGCUGCCCCCCUCCAUCCGCCCUCCUUCCCCCUCCCUCCGCCCUCCUUCCCCCCUCCUUCUGUCAUGCUCCCCUCAUCCCUCCGCCUUGCUUCCCCCCUCCCUCCGCCCUGCUUCCCCCCUCCCUCCACCCUGCUUCCCCCCUCCCUCCUCCCUCCUCCCUCCUCCCUGCUUCCCCCCUCCCUGGGCCCUGCUUCCCCCCUCCAUCCCCCCUGCUUCGCCCCUACCUCCGCCCUGCUUCCCCCCUCCAUCCCCCCUGCUUCGCCCCUACCUCCGCCCUGCUUUCCCCCUCUCUCCGCCCUGCUUCCCCCCUCCAUCCCCCCUGCUUCCCCCCUCCCUAGGCCCUGCUGCCCCCCUCCAUCCGCCCUCCUUCCCCCUCCCUCCGCCCUCCUUCCCCCCUCCUUCUGUCAUGCUCCCCUCAUCCCUCCGCCUUGCUUCCCCCCUCCCUCCGCCCUGCUUUCCCCCUCCCUCCACCCUGCUUCCCCCCUCCCUCCGCCCUGCUUCCCCCUCCCUAUACCCUGCUUCCCCCCUCCCUAUGCCCUGCUUCCCCCCUCCCUCCGCCCUGCUUCCCCCCCCCUGCGCCUUGCUUCCCCCCUCCCUCCGCCCUGCUUCCCCCCUCCCUCCGCCCUACUUCCCCCCUCCAUCCCCCCUGCUUCCCCCCUCCCUCCGCCCUGUUUCCCCCCGCCCUCAUAGAGCUCUGUUCACCCCCCAAUCUAUUCUCCUUUGCCUCACCUGCUUCCCCCCUCCCUCCUCCCUGCUUCCCCCCUCCAACCCCCCUGCUUCCCCCCUCCCUCCGCCCUGCUUCGUUCCUCCUUCGGCCAUGCUUCCCUGCUUCCCCCCAUCCUCUUCCCCCCAUCCCCUUCCCCCAUCCCCUUCCCUGCUUUCCCCCAUAAUUUCCCUCUCCAUGCGUCCUUCCACUCCCUGCCCAGGUGUCCUUCCUCUCUCUCUCCUUCCUUCCGCACUCUCACUCUCCUUCCUCUCACUCUCUCUCUCACUCUCAGUCCUCUCGCACUCUCUCACUCGUCCUCUCGCACUCUCACUCACCUUCCCCCCACCCUCUGCCCUGUUCCCUGCCUGCCCUCUCAAUCCCUGCCUUUCCCUCCCUGCCCUACCCUUCCCUUCCCCAUCCCUUCUCAACCCUUUCCUUCUUUUUCAUGCCCUCCCCUUCCCCCUCACUCCUUUUCAUGUGCACCCAUCACUGUCACCCCAUACAUGCUUUCAUCAUGUGCCUCUGCUUGUUGUAUCCCCUUGCGGUUGUUCCCUUGCACCUCACACCACCUCCCCCGUGUUUCUUCACAAAAUUCUUUCUGCCUACACCACUCCCUUAAUUUUCAGUGGUGAAGCAAAGGAACAAGCCGAGGCGUAG